GCUCUGUUUCGUAGGGCUUUCCAUCCCUAAGGAGGGCCUCUCUGCGUGUCUUCUCUUUCUCUCAAAAACUUGUCUCAGUUACUAAAUAAUAAUAUGUAGCAUAGAAGAAUCAGAAUAAUUUUCCAGCAUCUCUAUAUUAUAUUCUAGGGAAUAUCUAUAUAUCAAUUCGUUUAGAAGCUUGGUUUGAGAUUUCUCAGGCAGCAUAUGAUUCAAGUUAGAUCAGUAGAAAAACUUAGGCAGGUUAUCAAAUCGAUCAUGACUUCAGUCAUCAACGUCGACGGCCACGAUCACCUACCCUUGGAUCUUUGCAAUUCAUCCACCCAUCAACACCAGGGGGAAAUGGAAAGCAAAGAAGAUAAUUGUGAAAAGGGGCGAUGUGGGAACCAUGGUGGGGUGUGUGCAAUAUGUUUGGAUGAGAUUAUGCUUCAGGAAACGGCUCUUGUAAAAGGUUGCGAGCAUGCCUACUGUGCAACUUGCAUUCUUCGUUGGGUGACAUACAGCAAAUCACCCACCUGCCCUCAGUGUAAACAUCCAUUCGAGUUCCUGAAUGUCCAUCGGUCACUUGAUGGCAGCAUACAUGAUUUUAUGUUCGAGGAGAGUGUGUGUCUACUGCUUAGAGCCACAUGGUUUGAGCCUCUAGUUGUGGAGGAUCGCGAAGAUGUGUAUGCAUAUGAUGAUUCUGAAGAUUAUUAUCCCUACGAGGAUGAAGAGGAUGACCUAGAUGAAGCUUACUUCAGCAGUUCAUCGAGUAUCCGUAUUGGUAAUCGAAGGUGGGGAGAUAAUGGGUAUGUGAGCGCUGGACGGCAAGAAGCAAGGCCUGUUCACAGAUCAAAUAUCCAGGAAGCAGGUGCUAGUUCUUCUCGUGAACCUAGAAAGAAAGAGGCUUCAAUGGAUAAAACUGGGAGACGGGCAAAGAGGGCACUUAAGCGAGAAGCCGCGGACAAGGCUGCUGCAGCAAAACAUGAGCUGCAUUUGGCAAGGUUGGGCCGGAAGUGAUUCCUACAACAUCAUGUGCCAGAUCCUCAAACCCCACCUGUUCUCAUGUACAGUUUCCAUGACUUUUUUCUUUGAGUACAUUUCAAAUUUGAAAUAAUGUACCAUUAAAUUGACCACAAAAAGGGAAAAAAAAAAUAGUGAAGAGGACACCGUCAAGUAAUGACUGACUGGUACACUCCAUUGCAUCCUUUUAAUGUUCAGAAAUCUAGUUACGGCUUCAUUACAAUGCUUUGCUUUCCUACCGUGCUGUCUUAA